AUGUCUAUUUUAUUUACAACAGAAGAAUUGAAAUAAAUUGAACCUCAUCCCUAUGAUUACGUAUAAACAAAAACAAAAUAUCUAGAACAAAUGAGCUCCUUUAAUUACACUAAAACUACUUAGCUCCCUUUUAUUUCAGUAGCAAAAGCUUAACAUCGACAAUUAAUGGAUAAAGUCAAAUAUUAUUAAUUUGAAGAAAAGAAAUAAUUGCCUCCGCAUCAAUUCAAUACAAUUUUCUAAGAGCAAUCUCAACUCCCUAUUAAUACUGAAGAUGCCAGAUAACAAUAUUAUCAAGAAUUUAUACUCUAACCCAUGGAGGAAGAGAUGUCAAAGAAAGAAAAAGAGAAGAAUCGAUAUUUACAUAUAUGUGGAGUCAUAAAUGCAUAGAAUUAAAUAGAUAAAAAGGAAUAUAAAAAUCAUAUAAAAGAAUUGAAAUAAUUGCAAAGAGAAGUAGAGUAAAUUCAGCAAUAAACUAAGAAAACAUAUUAUCCUACAAAGGAGAUGUGUCGUAAUACUAAUCUGAUCAGCAAAUUGGCAACUCCUAUGUUGAAUAUGUAUAAUGUGUAUUUUAAGGAAAUAUUUGAUGCAUUAAUUGAUGACAUUCUCCUAGAAGAAGUAAAGAAUAAGUUGUAUAUUUUAGGUGCAAUAUUUAAAUGAUUAGCAGAAUAAAACAAUUACUGAGAAUGAGCAACCUGAAAUCCCAGAAUUUGAUAAUGAAGAGGCAUAAGAGUAGCUCAACGUUGAUGUUAAAGAUCUCUUAUUAGAACUUGGCAAUAUUAUGGAUGAGUAUUGA